UCUCUCUAUCUCUCUCUCUCUCUCUCUUAAACAGUUGAAGAUUCAGACCAUGUCAAGCGAAAACUGGACUUGCGUGGCCAUGUCUGACGACUCGUUGGUGGCCGACGCUUUGCUUCAGCUCCGUCACUCUGAACCGCCGAAGAAGAGCGACGCAUCUCCCAUCAAGCUGAAAUGGAGCGUGCGUCAACGGAGGUCAAGAAAAGGAGACCAAACGCGAGCUAGCCCCACCACUCCUCUUUCCUUGAACGGUUCCACGUCACUCAGCGGCGGCGUCGGCGGCGGUGGUGUUACCACCGUGGAAGGCCUUGAGGAGUCCAGUGCCACCGUUAAACCCUCCGAGACCAUUAGAUCUAAGGUUUCUCAAACGGGUGCAAUAACAACAACAACAACAACUCUUUUCAAGAGAUCAAGGAAGAAAAAGACUUUGGCGGAGCUUAAAGAUGAGGAAGUCAUGCUCUUGAAGGAAAGCAAAGGCCUGAAAAAUGAAUUAGCACGCAUGCGCAAUUUGGUCGAGGAACAAAGAACAAGAAACAAUGCUCUAAAGAAGAUGAAGGCUGAAUCACAAUCUGCCUUGUCCUGCAAACGUGCUUUCCAACAAGGCUCCUCAUUCUUGCUCCCUGACCUAAACAUGCCACUAGAUACGGACAUGAGCCCUGAAGUUAUAUGCUGAAUUAACGGCGAGCUAUUAGCAUAUUAUUCUUUAGUUUUUCCAUCACACCGACCCAAGCAACUAUACCUCCUUCCCACAAACAUCGUCUCUUUUUUUUAACUGUAACUAUAUGAAUAUGAACAAGAUAGUCUAAUCCUCUACAUAUCCUCACCCAUUUGGCCAUUUCCCGUGGCUGCUGUUCGAGUUUAUGUUUCUUGACAUAUCUUCUUCCUAAGCUGGUAGUAUGAUUUUUUGUUCUGCCAUUCUCCUAACUGAUUCUCAUCUUUGUCAUGUUUUCAUACGUUAAUGUAAUCAACUACAUAGAUAAUCGAUAUACACUUAUUCUAAUUUCUAUAUUUCUUAUUUUCUCUCGUAAGAUGUAGUGUAAGAUCACAUCGG